GUGGUAGAGUACGAUCCCUGGUGCGAAUGGGCGGACGGCCAUGUGAGACGAGUGUACGGGCCAGAUUGCGAGGAAGCGAGAAGACACGCAUCGGGAUGGGCGAUGAGGAAUACGAACAAUCACAACGUGAGCAUCUUGAAAAAAUCUUGCCUCGGUGUGCUGGUCUGUUCGCAAGAAUGCAUACUACCUGGCGGCGGAAGGGUUCACCUUCGACCGGCAAUUUGUGACAAGGCGAGGAAAAAGCAACAAGGGAAACCAUGUCCCAAUAGACAAUGCACGGGUCGGUUGGAAAUACUUUCGUGUCGCGGCCAUUGCGGUUACCCUGUAACGCAUUUCUGGCGACAUACCGAGCACGCGAUAUUUUUUCAAGCCAAAGGACAACACGAUCAUCCGCGACCAGAAGCAAAAUCCACGUCCGAGGCGAGGCGAAGCGUGGGUGCCGGCAGAAGGGUACGCGGAUUGGCGGUCCUUCUUGCAAACGAAGCUGCUUUGGGUUCCAAAUUAAUGUCACUACGUGGAACGAAAAGAUCGAAUUCGGAAGCAAUCGAGCAACCGCCAAGAACGACGCAACCACCGCCACUGAUACCGGACAAAGGAUACUCGUGUUCCUGCCCACCGUUCGAAUGCAUGUGCGGCCUGCAGAACAACGUCUCGGCUUAUCAACCGUCUCAUCAUCAAACAACCAUGUAUCCCCAACAAACGGCCUCGAAUGACACCCCCUACUGGCUCCAAGACACGGUUCCAACCCAAGAAACAUCGUUGGCCUACAAUCUCCCCAAUCAAGUGUCUCAAGAGGCCUCCUACCCCGAUUUCCCCCCGUUCACCGGAGAAUUGCUCCAACCGGAGGAGAUCUUCCAGCUGGAUCAACCCCUCAGACCCGAAUUCACCAUGAAUUCUCAAGAAGUGGCCAGAUCGCCGCCCUUGCUCGAUCUUGGAAGCGGUACCAUAAAGUACGAGAUGAAACAGCACCAGGACCAGACACCAUACUGGAACCAAUUUCUCAGCGAGGACUCGAGCAGCAGUCACUUGAGCAUCCCUCAGGACGAAAGGCUUCAAUUCCCCGGCUUCGAAACGGAGAAAGACUCGCCGAGCACCGGGUUCUGCGUGAAGAGGCCGGUGAAUCAGUUCGUCCCCGAAAAAGAAGGGAAUCACCAUCAUCACUUGACCGAUCCUUUGAACUUUCAAGAUUAUCAACGACACCCAACCACGAAUCACAAGAAUUUCGCGGGGAAGAGCGAGCAAGAGGGCAACUAUUGGGCGCAAAGUCAUCAUCAGGACCAGGAUCGUUUGAACUUUCCCGACUUCGAUCCCCGCAAGGAGGAGGAGCUGUUGCCCCCCUCGACGAGAAGGGGGGACGUCAACUGUUUUCCCAAAGAAAACUGUCAGCAAGGAUUGAUGGAGAGAGUGGGUUACAACGUCUAUCCGAAGAAGGAGAACGGGAUCGCGGUGGAUCGCCCUGCUCGCAGCCCCAUGGAGAACAAGCAUUACUCGUACGACGGUUACGGCCAUCAGAUGUUCGAGCAGCCUGAGACAGCGGCCAAGAAUCAAUUAGCCAAUCGAAUACCGAAUAAUCAGAACGCGAGUCGAAUGGUGCUCGACGAGAGGUUGUCGACGAAUCCCGACUCGAGCGAGAGAUUGUUCCCGGACACGAUGGACGCCGCUAUACCCACGCAAAAUAGCCCCGAGCCCUUCUUCUAUCCCAGCAACGAUCGUUGCCACUACACCUGCGAGGUGGUGGACACGCGGCUACCCCAAAUGGCCAUCGCGUCAUCGGUGGCGCCAUCGAGCGGGAUGAACAGUUACGGGGACGUGGCCGAUCUCGAUCUUCCUCCUUUCGUCGACUACACCCUCGUCGGGAUGCUGUGCUCCACCGAGGAGGACACGUCGAGCUUGCUACCCCCUAGUUGCCCCCAAAAUGCGCACAGCUACGUCCCCCAUCAUCAUUAGA